CGGGAGCGGUGCCCCCCGGAGCGGGGUGGGACGGAGGCGGGGAGGGGGCGGCUCGUGCUUCGCCGCGGGCGGUUGAUCCCUGUGGGUCGCUUGGAGGACGCCGGUGAGGUCACCUCCAGCUGAGGCUGCAGGGGACGGGGAGAGAUGGGGCCGUGCGUCCGGCGGCACCGGGCUGCGGGGCGUGGAGCAGGUGCUGAUGUGUGGCCUGGGAACGGGGAGACAGUGCUGGGAGUGGGGAGCGAGCGCUGGGUUGCAAGGAGAAAAGCCUGAAUUGCGUGGAGUCAGCCCCGAAUUGCAGGCAGUGAGCCUCGAAUUGCAAGGAGCCAGCCCUGGGUUGCAAGGAGUGAGCCCCAAAUUGCAGGAGCCAUCUGUGUGGCAGAGGCCUGCACUUGCUGGCCCUAGAGCUGGGUCCUGCCCAGGUGGGGAGCCUAUCCCUGCACAGCCCCUGGUACCCACAGCCCCCUUCUCUCCACCCAUGAAGGUGGUGGGUGUCUGGUUGGGUCUCACACCACAAGGUGGGCAGAACACCCAGCAAAUCUGCACAAGGUGUUUGGGGGGACUGUGGGGGCAACCGAGCUGCCCACAAAACAGGUGGGUCCAACAGGCAGGACCUGCUUGAUCACCCCUCUGUCCCCACAUGGCUGGCCCGGGCAGUUCCACAACCCUUCCAGACACUGAGAGGCUCAUCCCCUCCCAGCACCCCAUCCCAGCACCUGGGAAUGCUGAAAACAUGGGGCAUGAGGGCUGGCAGUGCUCCGGAGCCGUCCACGACCCAUUGCUUGCAGGGUCAGGAGCAAUGGGGGUGCAAUGGGGAACCCAUUCAAUUGCUUGGGAGCCACACGAAAAUGUGGAGUGAUUGUCACAGCCCCAGCGACUGUCACAGCUUAAUAAUGAGCGGGCAGAGGGGGUGGAAGUACAGCCUGUCUCUGUAUCACUUUGCAGCUGCCGUUGCAGCGGGUGUCGCAGUGGAAUGAAAUGGGGCAAGGAGAGCCUGGGAUGCGAGGGGUGAAGGAUGCUGUGCUAUGAGGUGCAGUGUUGGGGCCCUUCUGGGAAGGAAGGGUUGGCAAAACCGUAGCCGAGCUCCCACUUUGCCAACAAGUUGCCAUUGCCCUAUUGCCUGUGGGCUGGGGGCUCUCAGGUCACUGUGUUUCAGAAAGCUGUCAGUGGUGGAUGCUAAGGAGGUAUGCAGACAUGCCAGAUAAGGGCCAGGGGAAUCUGCUGCCAACUCCCACAGGCUGUGUGCUGGAGCAGCUCUGCUUGGCUCCAUCCAUCAGGGCCAUGUGCAGAUGCUGCCUGGGCUGCCCGUGCCUGGGGGAAAUGUGCUCUGCUCACAUCUGCUGCCUUUGGGGCAUCCUAUCCCUGAGGUCUACAACUCUGGGGUCUGCAGCGGCACCAGGUGCAAGGCUGCCUGUCCCCAGCACUCAGGGCUAUGUUCCCAUCCUGGCUCCCAUCCUGGCCCCCAUGGGCUUCACACCCCUGGGAACAACUGGCUGAGCUGCACAGAUCCCUGGGGUGCGUGGAAAGUGGUCCCUCAUGGCUCAGGGAGCUCUAGCAGCGCUCAGCGCAAAAAGCCGACUGCCUUCCGAAAGCGGUGCCAUGGGAAGGAAGAGAGGACGGGGCCGUACAGUGGGCGGCGGGAGCUGACUCAAGCAGCCAGUUCCUGGCCGUUUCCUUUUGCUCUGGGCCGUGGACGGGGCAGGUGGAGGCAGCUCGCUCCUCACCGUGUGCUUUGCUGAGCAGCCAUGGCCAAGGUGGAGUGGCUCCUCGCGCCGUGGCAGCGCGCAGGUAAGGCGCAGGGCUGCAGGGAUCGGGUGGCCGCUCAGGCAUGGGGACGCAGAGCUCUGGGACACGGGGUCGGUGCAGGUCCCAUCCUCCCUUCCCCAGCGUGGCUGCAGCGUGUGCCCUGCUUUCUGCUCCCUGCCCAGCCUGGCCGUCCUCAAUGCAACGAAGCCGGGGCCAUGCUGAGCUCCACGCCGCUCUGCUGUGGCUGCUUUCAGCUCUCGGGCCCCUUUGUCCCGAGGCCUGGCCGUGUUCCCCUCUCAGCCACUUCCUCGCAUUGUCCCGGCGAGGGGAGUGCAAAUCCAGCAGGGCAUGGGGGAAACGGCGCUUUCCUGCGAGCGCCCGCUCCCAGCACGGGGCCACAGCCUCCAUGCAGGCAGACCCCAUUGACUCCCACCCCAUGUCCCUGCUUGCCGUGUCCCUGCGCCCGCCUGUCGCUGCACGAGUGGCAGCUGGUUGCUGUGGUGACUGUUCCCAAAGCAGCACGGCACCCCUGCGUGCCCCCACACACAGAGCUGGGGAGGAGGGACCCCCCACCCAUCCCCAUUAGGAAUCCUUCUACUCCGGCCCUACACGGGGUGUGGGGUGAAGGAAGGAUCCAGCUGGAAAAAUGGGUUUGUGUCUGUUUUACCUGAUGGUACCUCAGGGCUUUGGCACAGUGUUCACUCUGAACCCUACUGAUAGAUGGUGGUGGUUCCUGCUCUGCUGCUGGUGCUCUCUCAUGCGAUGCAGCCUUCCCCUGCACACUGGGUGACCCCCUCAGCUGCAAACCCACCCACCCCAACAGCUCCUGCAGCGCUGCUGUCUGCUGUCAGUGCAAAAUCAGCUGACAACAUGUGAAACGGGGAGGGUAAGGAGAGCCCAGAUCUGCAGGAGCAGGCUGCUGCCGUUGUUGUGCAUCGCGGCCCUGCAGGAGGUGCAGGUGUGGGGUCACAGUGUGGGCACCCACCUAACAGCCUGCAGCCCCCGUGGCCUCACCCCGUGGCACAACGUCUGUGGGGAUGUUCCUUCCUUUGGACACACUGCAUCCCAUGCACUCUCUCCUGGUGUGGGGCACACGGGUGUUCAGUGGGGCACUGCUCUAUGGGAACGCCGUACGGUGUCUGUGCAUAGUGCUGCUGUGUCUCUGCAGGGCUGCUGGCCCGACGGCUCCAAAUCCAGCAUGGGGUGAGGUGGGACAGGAGGCACUUUGCAUGGUGGCUGCCAGCUCCCACCGCUCGCUAUUUUCUCUUCCUCUCCACUCGUUGAGGAGCAGCGUGCACUCUGGCUCCGGCCCAUAGGGAAUGUCAUUGCGCCACGCGUCGCGCCGUGUUGGGGCUCUCAUCAAAGCAUUGCAGAGCAUUGCCGGCACUGCAGCACAGCGGAGUUUGGGUCACUGUUGGGAUUGCUCUGAGCUUCGAGGUUCGCAGCCUGGUGCACCAGGGCUGGAUGCUGCUGUGCCAGUGCCUGUUGCCAUGGCCGCUCAGCUAACGCUGCCUCUGCCGCUGCUGUUCCAUCACUCCUGGGGUACCUCUGCAGUGCCAGCGCUCCCUGCUCGCUUCAGGAGUGCUUGAGAAGGGGAAGUUUGGCGGCAUCAUCUCACCAUAGAUUCGCACUGAAUCGAAGCGGCUCUCGAUGGCUCUGUCAAACAUCUCCCUGUGGAUUCGGGGUGCCUGGGCAGUAGGUAAAUGCGGCUGCUGGCGUGGAACGGGGUGGCUUGGAGAUGCUGAGGGCGGGUGUGUGCAUUGUGCCCCACAUCGGGUGGUGCUGGGGAAGGGCAAAGUUGUGUUCGUGCUCGAUGCUGGACCUAAGGUGGGAGCAAACUCCCUGUGGCUACAGCCCCACACCUUACACCACCAUCACCACAUCAUCCCAAGCCUGAACACUUGCUCGUGCUCUCUGCAAACUGUCCCCAAUGUCGUGGUGCUGCUGCAUGGCCAUGCACAUAGAUGCUACCCUGGUCCUGAGGUGUGGGGCAGAGCUGUGCCCAGGUGGGACAGAACCCUGGGAGACAUCAUGCCUCCUUUGGGUGGCCAUCCCUCAGUUUCCCCCAGCAGUGAGGCGUACAUCAGGGAUCCAUGGUGGAGUCCAGAGGGAUGGUGCUGCUGGCUCCUUGUGCCACACGGCAGAGCCACGGCAUGAUGCCCAGCACUCUGAGCACCCAGUCCCAAGUUGCACCACUCAAAGUACCACGGCAUUACAUUUGCUCCUGCAUGCAACCUGAGCCAUGCACACACGGUGCCUGGGUGCUCCUCGUGCAGGUGGGGUGUCACAGUGUCACAGCCUGGGGAUGGCUGUGCCCCCCCCCCCACACACACACACACACACACGCUGCCCGGCUGCGCUUCCGCUUUGCUCAAGGGUGGUUCCAGAUUUCAGUGCUGCCGUUUGCCCGCUGGGCUCCAGCUGGCACAGUUGGCCCCCAGGGCUGCUGAGAGGUCCGGGGCGGAGGUAAGGUGCUCUGCUCAGGGCAGGAUGUGGUGGAGGAGGGUGUGGGUAUGAGGGCUGUGCUGUAUGGGGAUCCCCGAGUCCCUGUUGGGUGCUGUGUGGUCUGCCAGGGGGGUGAUACCCUGAGCUUGCUCUGUGCACAGCAUGCUCUCUUUGUGCCAACACCUGUCCUCUUUGGGCAUCGUCUGGGAGGCAAUGGGAGGAACAAGCAUGUUCCUGCUGAAAAACAGGGGGUUGUGCUCACCUGGGGCAGAGAAAUGCCAUGCCUGGCCGAUGGUUGCUCUGGGCACGGUGCUGCCCCAUGUGCCCCCUCUGGGAUGGGGUCCUGCAGCUGGGCAAAGCUCAGCAUGAUUUCCUUGUGCACACCCCGACACCUCUUGGUUGAUAUGGAAACAAGUCAAAUUAUUUAAAGGAAAGGAGGAAAAAAAAAAAAAGAAAGGCUUGUGUUAAGGCAUGUCGUUAUGGUAACACAAAUUAUAAAAGUAACUAGGCUAGGGAGCAGGCACGCUGCUUUCGGAUGCUGGGCGUUGUGCUGGGGGCUGCGGGUAGAGAAGGAGCAGGGGUGAUGCUGGGGGCACGCAGGCUGGGAUGGUGGUGGCCCUGGUGGCUGCAGAGGGCUCAAAUGGAGCAGAAGGGGGAACCCAGCAGGGAGGUGCUGGGCACCAGGGCUGCCGUGGUGCAGUCAUUCUUCAGCAAAGCCGCAGAGCUGCUUGCUCUGCAUGCUGGGGUGGGGUUGAGGGUGCUGAGGCUCUCGCUGGGGCCAGCACUCGCAGCGCAGGGAUGAGGGGAAGCGUUUGCCACGCAGGAAGCAGGGCUGGGUGUGCACUGCCUGCACCCCGGGGCCACCCAGCAGCCCGCAGCCUCUUCCCACCCUUUCCUGCCAAAUGUGAGUUACUCUCGGGCGAUGCUGGUGGAUGAAGUGCGACAAACAGUGCCGUGUCCCCUCGCACCCUCCCUUUAGGCUGUGGUUUCUGCUCUCCUGCAGCAAGGAGGUUGCUUCACCAUUGCCCUUCCUGCGCCCGACAGCAGCUGUGCAAUCACCCAGGGCGGUGGGUUGAUUUCUUCCUUCCUCAAUUUCUCUCUGCUCCUUGCCUGGCUCUGGCCGCCCACGGAAGCGUGUCCAGCGCCUGCAGCAGCGACGGGCUCUGCUCUUGUAUGACACAGCCACAUCCCCAUCCCUGUGUUGCUGGAGGGAGACGCAUGGAUGGGAUGCGUGUGCUGUGCUGCCUCAGCAACCAGCCCCAAACCCUCAGCAGCACUCACAGGAGGCGCAGUCCCUCACUUCCCUCUUGUUCUACUCACAGCCACCUCUAACCUGGACUUGGAGAGCAAGAAAGCCGCCCCCACCAAGCUGUCAUGGCAGCAGCCGGUGAACGUCUUCCUGGCUGCCGGCCGCCCGCCCGGCAUGGAGCAGCUGCACCAGGAGGCUCAGCUCAACCUGCAGAGCCUGCUGCAAGAGGAAUAUGAGGAGCAGUAUGCUGAGAGCAGAGUGACUGGGCAGACCUUCCGUGCCGCCGGCCACCCACCUCCCAGCACCCCUACGGAGCCCUCGCCCCGGCCUCUGCCCUCCAAGCGCCUUGAGUUCGUGCUUAUGCCCCCAAGCCGGAGAGCUGAUGAGGAGGAGAGCAGCAGUGCCAGCACGCUGGGCGUGAGACCACCCGACACCUCCCUGAGCCUCCCCACCACCCCCGACAAGCAGACAGCCUGGCCCAGGGCCUUCCCCCUGCCCACCGUGGAGGAGAAGCAGUGGCACCAGUCCUGCUCUGUGCAGACCAACGUGGUCCCCAUCAAUGUCUCGGGGCAGCACUUUGCUAGGCACGCGAGUGCUCGUCACUCCCUGUUUAACACAGAGACCGCGAUGAACCCCAAGUCCACCCUGCGGCGUAGACGGACCAUUAUCGGAUUCCCUAACAUGUCCCUGCGAGACCAAGGCAGCACCAACGGCCCUGCGCACACCACACACCCACCCAUCGCCGAGUCCCUGUCCUGCAGCUUUGAGACCACGGGUGGGAGGAAGCCCUCCCAGCAGACCAGCCCCCACCAGCCGCUCUCUGCCCCGCUGAGGAAGACCUUCAGUGACCUCGGGGGCACGCUGCAGGCACGCUGCUGCCCACCGCCAUCCCCCAUGGACAACGCGGCCACCCCCAGCACCUGCAACGGACCACAGGGCUCCUCUUUUCCCCCACCCUGGGGUGCCAACUCCUUCGGAUACACCACCCCCCCCAGCCCUGCUACUGGCCAGGAGGUCUCACCAGGCAGCUCCGCCGUGGGCUCACCCUCCGGCACGGAGCGGGCCGCCUCCUUCUUCAUCGCCCAGGAGGAGCAUGCGGGGAGCACUGGGCCCAGCUCCUUCUCCACCACAACGCCUGAGUCUCCUCCUGGCACUGGGGGCAUCCGGAGGUGCGAUGGCCAAGAAGCCAGGGUGAACUUUUCACCAACAAACAAAGAGCCGGAGCCGGCACCGGAGCCAUCGCGCCUGGGGGUGGAGCGGGCAGGGUGCCGCUUCCGCGAGCGCUCGCUGUCGGUGCCCACCGACUCGGGGUCCCUCUGCUCCGUGGACAUUGCUUACGCCGAAGCCCGGCGGGGCAGCACCAACUGUGCCCUGGGCUACCCCAGCGCCGGCUCCGAGGGCAGCACCAGCACUGAUAACAUCUCACUGGGGCCGGAGCCGGACGGGCAGCGGCGGCGGCGCUCCAAGAGCAUCUCCCUCAAGAAAGCCAAGAAGAAGCCCUCGCCGCCCACCCGCAGUGUCUCACUGAUCAAAGACGGACAGGACAGCCUGGCUGCCCUGGGGCUGCCCCAUGAUCAGAGACCCAAGAGCCUGUGCAUCCCGCUGGAACCUGCUGGGCACCGGGUGGUGCAUGCAGACCCCCAGGGCAGAGAGCCCGACAGCCCGGCUGCCCCUCACCAGUGGUACCUGGCAGACUGGAAGAAUGGUGAGCCCUACCGGUCCCUCUCUGGCUCCAGUACAGCCACAGGGACUACAGCCAUUGAGUGUGUGAAGGCACGGGGCAGCUCCGAGUCCCUCAUGUCCCCCUCUGUCUCCAGGGCCACAACACCCUCCCAGCUCUCAGCAGAAGCUGACCUCAAAACCUCCUCCCCAGGCAGGCCCACAGGGCUGAUGUCCCCAUCCAGCGGGUACUCCAGCCAGUCAGAGACCCCCACACCCACCGUCCCCACCUCAGCCAUCCUCGGGCACUCCCCACACCAGGUGCGGGUGAGGCCGCUGGUUCCCGAGAGGAAAUCCUCGCUGCCCCCCACAUCCCCCAUGGAGCGGAGCCCCAAAUCCAGGCUGUCUUUCGAGCUGCCGCUCACACCGCCCGCCCACCUCGACCUCUCGGGACUGAAGAUCUCCCUGAAGGGGAAGACGAAGGUCAGCCGGCACCACUCCGACUCCACCUUCGGCACCAAGCUGGUCCAGAAGACCAGUCCCAUCCAGCCCAUCAUGCCUGUGGUCACCCAGUCCGACCUGCGCUCUGUCCGUCUGCGCUCCAUCAGCCGCUCCGAGCCAGAGGACAACACUGACGGCCCAGAGCAUGCCGAGGAACUGCCACGUAUCCCCUGCCUGGGGCCGGAGAGGAAAGUGAAGCCGCCGGUAGCAGAGAAGCCACCGUUAGCCAAGCGGCCCCCGUGCAUCCUGCCCAAGCCCGUGGUUCUGCGGGAGGAGGGUCCCCUGUCCCCCACAUCCCCGCCGAGCAUCACCACCAAGGACAGCUUGGUGCUGCGGAAAGGGGAUCCAUGGAGGGGCCCAGGGCAGCCUCGGCGGCUCUCGCAGGGCAGCCUGGAGGACAAGCCGCGGCCAGAGGCAGAGCGCAGGAAGGCCAAGGUGCCGCCGCCAGUGCCCAAGAAGCCCAGCGUGCUCUACCUGCCGCUCACCCCAAUCCCGGUGCAGCAGGCGGGGGGUGUGGGGGACCCGGCGCCCACCCCCAGCCCCAUCAUCACGCUGGAUGCAGAGCCCAGCUGCUGCCAACCUGACGCUGAUGGCCCAACACCCACUGAGGUCCCAGGCACGGCACAAGCUGGCGAGACCUCCUCGGAUCAAGCAGGCAGCUCGUCUGAGGCUGGCACAGAAGAGAAGAGCUUCGCCAGUGACAAGACGGCCGACUCCAUCGCUGAGGAAGACGACGAUGUCUUCAUGGCGUCCCGCACCACAGAGGAUCUCUUCACUGUCAUUCACAGGUCCAAGAGGAAGGUUCUGGGGCGGAAGGAGCCUGGCGACAGCUUUAGCAGCCGGCCCAAUUCCCACUCUCCUGUGAAGACGUCAGGCUCACCAACCAGCGAGUCCCCUGCAGCAGCAGUAAGCACCGGGAAGUCCUCCAGCAGGAAUGAAGAUUUUAAGGCUCUGCUCCAGAAGAAGAGCAGUAAAACCAGCAGCGGUUCCCGGCCGUCUGCAGCUGAACUGCUCAAGACCACAAACCCACUGGCUCGGAGGGUCAUGAUGGAGUUUGCCCCUGAGCUUGAUGGUGCAAACAGCCAGCCCUAAACCUGCACAGAGCCUUCUGGCUACAAAGGGCUCGGGUUGGUGCAGAUUGAGCCGUGCUGUGGGCAGUAGCUUUAGGCACUCAGGUCACUGCAGAAGGGAUGUCCCGGCUGCCCCACUGGGGCUUCUUUCGUGCUUUCAUUUCUUCCUUGGCGAAUCCUCCUUGGUUCCUCUCCAGUGGGAGAGCUGCUGGCAGAGAAGCAGCGUUGGGACCUGAGGCGCUCAUGUCCCUGCUGCGCUGCUGGCAGGAGGGGAGAGGCAGACAUGCAGCACUAUAGUGGGGACUGGGACCUGGCACCUCCUGUGCCGCUGGGACAGCAGCUCCUGCUGCUUGGGAACUCAGCAGGAGUGCAGCUCUAGGCACCUUCCAGCACCCGCAGCAAAGCUAGCUUGAAACUGUUUGGUCACUCGGCAUGUGGUACUUUAAACGGCUUUUUCUAAUGCA